CAUGACCAAACUCAAACUCCCAUCUUCAAGCUUAUUAACAACUUACUACACACACAGACAUAUAUAUACACACACACACUCUGCUAUUACAAAACCAUAUCUUUAUCCACUCUUCUGUUCUUUGCUCUAACAACCUUUGCUCAUCAAAAUGUCUGGUGUCUGGGUUUUCAAGAACGGUGUCGUCCGGCUUGUGGAGAACCCAGGAGCUGAAUCUCUUGAUGGAAGCAGGCAAGGCUCUACUGCUCGCCGGAAAGUACUUGUCCAUACUCCUAGUAACGAAAUCAUAACUUCUUAUUCUGUUCUUGAACAUAAGCUGUAUUCACUUGGUUGGGAAAGGUACUAUGAUGACCCUGACCUUCUCCAAUUCCACAAAAGAUCCACAGUUCAUCUCAUCUCUCUUCCUAAGGAUUUCAGCAAGUUCAAGUCCAUGCACAUGUACGAUAUUGUCGUUAAAAAUCGCAACAUGUUUGAAGUCAGAGACAUGUAGUAAUGCUGGCUGUUUCUCGGUGUGUUAUGUCGUAUAUUUGUGUGUUUGCGUUUUGUGCUGUAUUAUAGUAGUUGGAUUCAAAAUCGUUUCUAAAAUUUAGUUGGUUUUCUGAUUUUGGGAUAUGGGUUUGAUUAAUUACAUAUGCCAGAGCUGUUUGUGUGUGGUAUUAGGGAUAUAUAGGCGAAAUAGCUAAUAAUGUUAAAAGGGUUUGUUUUGUUUUAGUGAGCUACGUAGUUUAUGAACUUUGGGUGUCACAGUCAAUGUAAAUUGUCACAGUUUCAUUUGUGGGAAUGAAAAUUCAGCUUCUUUCGUGUGA